UGGGCUUUUUUUUUAUUAAAAAAAGUUGCCUGUAGAGGAGCGUGGAUUUCACCACUCUGUAGUUUCCGGCUACAAUACUAAUAUGCACAAGUUGUCCUUGAAACCAUCAAAGAAAGAAUUAGCUGAUUUCCAGCCUCGAGACUCCUCGUUCUUCAAAGGUUUAAGAGUAAACGAAAAUGAUCACGGGAAGCAAAUGUCACACAAAGAAAAUCCGUUCAGUUUAAUUCUCCCCAGAUAUGUAAGUUUAGUUUGUGAAACCGAAAUGCAUUACGCGACUGAGAAUCUUGAAAGCUCUUAUGAAUGGCUACAAUCUGGAAUGAUUCUCUUGAAGAAUUAUGUCAGCAUAAGUGAGCAGGUUGAAAUAGUGAAGACGUGCGAAGCGCUUGGAGGUUUUUACCAGCCUGGUUACAGAAAUGGAGGUAAACUCAAACUACACAUGAUGUGCCUCGGUAGAGCCUGGGACCCGCAAACGGGAUACAACAAAAUUGAUGGUUCUAGGGCACUGCCCGCAAUUCCUGAUAAACUUACCUCACUGGUGAAAAGGGCACUUCAAGAUUCUCAAGCCAUUUUAGAAUUGGAGGACAAACUUCCUUCGAUGUCCCCAGAUAUAUGUAUAGUCAAUUUCUAUUCAACCGCAGGCGGACUUGGUCUUCAUCAGAACUAUACACAGGAUCGUGAUGAGAGCAUUGAGAGUCUGAGGAGAGGGCUGCCUGUGGUUUCCAUCUCCAUUGGCGAUGCAGCAGAGUUUUUAUACGGGGAUAAGAGGGACUUGAAGAAGGCAAAGAAAGUGGUGUUAAGAUCAGGAGACGUGUUGAUAUUUGGCGGGAAGUCUAGGCUUGUUUUUCACGGGGUAAAGUCCAUCAUCCCGAGUUCGGCUCCUUUGGCAUUGGUAAAAGAAUGUAUGCUGCGCCCAGGACGCCUUAACCUUACUGUCAGACAGUUUUGAUGUUACUUUCAGAGCUAGAUUGCCUUCUAUAGUAUGUCACAUGUAUUCUUUGCAAAAAAAUAUCACAUGUAUUUCUUUCAUGAAAGUAUAAUUAUAACUUAUAACACACUAAUUUGGAAAAAUACUUCAUUAAAAAAGGAUUUUUUUU